GAUUUAUCGAGCAAAAUAUGUAAAGCGUUAUUCGGAACCUUGAUGGCUAUGGCAAUGAUAGUUAUAAAAAAGUUCAAAGGACAACAAGGUUAUCUCGUGAGACUAAGUUUUAUUACUUGAUAAAGUAAAACAACAACGCCAAGGCCGUUUUAUAAAUUGCUUCCAUUCAUUGUUAGUUCGAUAUUCACUCUUGAAACCAUUUUUCCCACUUCCAAAUGAGCAAAGAGAUUUACUUCAUUGGCGUCGAUGUGGGGUCUGGCAGCGUACGGGCAGCAUUGGUUGAUGGCAAUGGUCAUGUCCUCAAUUCAUGUGUUAAGGAAAUUCAGACAUGGAAACCUAAAGUGGAUUAUUAUGAACAGUCAUCCAAAAACAUAUGGGAAUGCUGUGUGUUUGUCAUUAAGAAUGUUGUUGCAAAUGUAAAUCCUGCAAGUAUUAAAGGUAUUGGGUUUGAUGCCACAUGUUCCUUAGUAGCAUUAGACAAACAUGGAAAUCCACUAUCUGUCAGCACAAACAACAAUGAACAAAAUAUCAUUAUGUGGAUGGACCACAGAGCGCAGGCAGAGGCAGAUUUAAUAAACAAAACUAACCAUGACAUACUGAAAUAUGUAGGUGGAAAAGUGAGUCUAGAAAUGGAAAUGCCAAAAUUACUCUGGUUGAAAAAGCACCUUCCAAAUAAAUGGGAUGACUAUGGAUACUUUUUUGAUCUACCAGAUUUCCUUACAUGGAGAGCUACUGGUUCAUUAAGCCGUUCCCUGUGUUCUUUGGUUUGUAAAUGGAAUUAUGAAUGUUCUAUUGAAGGAAAACAGGGCUGGAACAGAGAUUUUUUACGAGAAAUUGGAUUGGAAGACUUAGCUGUCGAUAAUUUUAAGAAGAUUGGUAGUAAAGUCCUAAUGCCUGGUGAGCUCUGUGGUGGUCUAACAGAUGAGGUUGCUAAUUCUUUGGGACUGGAACCUGGUACUCCUGUUGCUACAUCCAUUAUUGAUGCACAUGCUGGAGGAUUAGGUAUGAUAGGCACACAUGGUGAAGGAAUAGAUAAGGAUAUGUCAUCACGCCUUGGUUUAAUCUGUGGGACUUCUACAUGUCAUAUGGCUGUGAAUAAAAGAGCUGUCCUUGUCCAAGGUGUGUGGGGCCCAUAUUACAGUGCAAUGGUUCCAAGCAUGUGGUUAAAUGAGGCUGGACAAAGCGCUUCUGGAAUGUUAUUGGACCAUAUUAUAACCAGUCAUCCUGCUGGUGCUGAACUACUUAAAGUUAUGUCUCCAGGCGAUACCCGCAACCACUUGAGGGGCUUACUCAUUAAAAUGGCAAGAUUGGAAGGACAUAAUGAUGUCAGUUACUUGACUAAAGACAUUCAUGUGUGGCCUGAUUUUCAUGGCAACCGGUCCCCUUUAGCCGACCCGUCAAUGAAGGGAAUGAUCUGUGGGCUAUCUAUGGACAAUAGCGAAGCAAACUUAGCCUUACUCUACUUAGCUACUAUGCAAGCUCUAUCGUAUGGCACGCGGCAUAUUGUAGAGGCACUGGUUCUAGCAGGGUACGAGCCUUUUAAAUCAUUGCUAAUUUGUGGCGGUAUCACGAAAGAUCCACUCUUCGUCCAAACUCAAGCUGAUGCUAUGGGUCUUCCCAUUUUGAAGCCCCAUGAAAAAGAUUCUGUAUUAGUUGGUUCUGCUAUACUAGGCGCCUGUGCAUCCAAGCACUUCAUAAAUGUGCAGGAUGCUAUAGAGAAUAUGGGUGGAACAGCAGAUGUUAUACAGCCUAAUUUAGGCACUAAAGUAUACCACGAUAAAAAGUAUAGGGUUUUCCUACGAAUGUUCCAAGAUCAAUUGAAAUAUAAAACUAUUAUGACUUCAAAUCUGUAACAAAUUAUUAUUGUAUAUUUAUUUAUUAUUUCGGAUGCCAGGGUGAUUUUUUAGUAAGCUGAUUUAUUAAUCCUAUCGUAUGAAUUCUAUUGAUUACAAAUAAAUAUAAAAUAUUGUAUGUUCCCUGUUCUUUU